AUGUCUUACUCAAAGGAUAUAGUUUUGGAAAAGCUUGCUAGUUUGGAAGAAACCCAAAUUAGCAUUCAAUCCAUCGGACAAUGGUGUCUAUUUCACCAUAGACAUGCUCCCGAAACCGUCGCCAUUUGGAGUGAAUUUGUAGGUUCCACCCAAACCAAGAAGCUUGCGGGGCUCUAUCUGGCCAAUGAAAUUAUUCAGCAAUCGAGAGCUAAACGAAAGACUACAUUUCUAGAUGAGUUUGCCAAGGUGCUACCAUCUACUUUAGAGCAAAUCUAUCCGAGUAUGAUCUCUACUCACCAGGCGAAACUGAAGCGAAUUAUAGAUGUCUGGAGUCAACGUAAGAUAUUUGACUCAAACCUGAUUCAUAGACUUUAUCAGAGCAUACAGGAUCAAAAAGCUUAUAACGGUUUAUCCUCGUCUAGUUCAAAUUCUCCACCAAUCAAUUCUGGGGAUUUGGCUCCUGAGAUUUCCUCUCUAUCAACGCUGUUCAACAAAAUCUCAACAUUGAAGUCUUCAACGUCUCUGGUCGUUAAUCAGAUAAAUGAACAAUACUCAAGUCUAUUCGACUCUGAAACAUUACCAGGAACUGAUAUUUAUUUAAAACAACUUGGAGAUCUAUCAACCUUAAUCACCUCAGCCAGAUCAAAGUCACAGGAGACCCAAGAAUUACGAGAGUCCAUAAUAAAUGAGCUGAAGAAACUGAUUCAAGUCCAAGAGUCGUGGAUUACGAAAGAUGCAGAGUCUUCGGGUUCUCUGGAUGAGAAACUUGCCACAGUUCAGCAGAAAGAAUCAGAGUUGAAAGAAUUCAUAAACGAUGUAGAAGAAGAAGAUGGUGUACCUCAAUAUGCCGCUUCAAGUGAUGAAGAAGGCGACGAAAAUGUGUCAAAAAAGAGAAAAAUGGAGAGCCCACCAACUGAAACAGUUGAUUCUGGCGAACAGCCAACUAACCCAGUCCACCCUCAGCUUUCCUCCAUCUUAGAGAGUCUAUCUAGAACAACUGGACUAACACCAGAACCUGCUUCUACUUCGGACGAGUCAGCAACAGCAACGCAGAAGCAAGAUGAAACACCUGUUUCUUCAUCUAUAAAUCCUGCUCUAGCCAGUUUGCUGUCCAAACUUAACGGUUAA